AUGUUGUUGCAAUCCCUAACUACGGCGGCAUAUGUUAAUCUUUGUGCCAAGCGAUACGGAGUAAAGAAAACGAUCGACCGUGCAUGUCACUCGCAUGUCACUUGCAUGCAACCCCCAUUAAGCUCCUCCCAACUGACCAAUAUCCUUCAUGCUUGCUACGGAUUUCUAUUUUUCUCACCCGAACCUGUGCGAUCUGGCGUCUUCACAUACGGCAAGGAUGGCAUCCAGGCCAGCGGCAUCUCUCGAGCGCCCCUUUCAGAAUUGAGACUGCUGUUUCGCAAAAACGCCUCUGCUGCUCGUGUCCGUGCUGCGACAAAGCCAUGGAUCACGGCGCAGUUGCAGCUCUACGGUAUCCCCUUCAAGAAGUCGGACAGCGCCGCUCAGCUGCGGGCCGCGUUGGAGUCAGCUGUGAAGACUGGAAAGUGCAAUACUCCCGGGCCGUCCAUCGCCGCGUUGGAGCAAUCCUUAUCGGAGCAGUACCAGCAGCGGCUGAAGGCCCACGAGAAGGAGGUCGAUCGCUGGCGA